AAUAAACAUUCAAUAAAUAAUAAUAUAUUAUAUACCUAAUCUGAAGUAAUCUGUAUACCUAUUGUGUAUUCAAUCAAUUUAAUCUCUUGUGGAAAAAUUGUGAAAUGGCUAAUAUUUAGAUUUCAGUAAUGCUUACACGUGUGGUAUAAAUCUAAUCUUUUUCCUGUUUACCAAAUAAAUCACCGUCGACUCCUUUUAACUUUUUAACCAUCAACACCACAUGCCCAAAAGCAUUUAUCACAUUUUAUGCCCAUUUAUCAACUACAUUUAAAUCGCAAUCAAGUUGUCUAAAUAGUUUUAAAGAAAUCCAACAAUGUCUCCUCCCGUUCCGUCGUUUAAAGUAGAAGGUACUACCACGGGCAUGAUUAUCCCGGUGUCAAAGGGCACGUAUUUCAACACGAAAUGGGUGCCGAAGCAGGUCCAGUUAUGCCCAUAUGACAUGUUGCACCACCCACCAGACUAUAACCCUAAGGCCGCACGAUCCGACCGCCAGGAACCUAAGAUCAUAAGGAGGAAUAUAUGGGACCAGGAAUAUCACAAAGGCAUCCCUUCAACAUCGCAUUUUGUCCUCGGCCGACCGAAGUGGAAAAUACUCGAUGUUCCAACCAAGGAAUUUGUUAAAAUACAAGUGAAAAACGAGAAUCCCCACACCCGGAUUUACAACGUGCUGGAGUGGGCCGUUCUACUCAACGAAGGAAAAGAACUUUGCGAAUAAAUCAUCAUACGAUGUAAUGAAUACCAUGAAGCCACUUCAACCCUCACAAGUCUCAAUUUAAUAUACCCCAACAAAAUUCAAGCAGCGCCCUCUGUUGAGUUAAAAACCAUAACACCUAUUCAUGAACCAUCGCUUGGAAA